AUGUCUUUCGUACCUAUUAUUUUUGGUAAAAAAGAUUGGGAUAAUGAAUAUGACUUAGGUCCUAAAUAUAAAAACUUCUAUUGUCCAAAUUGUCAUAAUUACUGUGUGAAACCAGUAAAACGGAGAGAGUUUAUAAGCAUCUGGUUUAUCCCGAUAUUCCCUAUGUAUUUCGGCAAACAAUUGAUGUGUCCUAUUUGUAAUUGGAGACAAGAUUUUAAAGACCAAUCACAGUUAGACAAAGUGGCUGCUGAACAGGUAAUUAUUAAUAAACAGCAACAAUAA